AGCAUCGCUCAAAGGGCAGCUUGCCGGGUCGAUUCGCCACCAGUGGCACCGCGGCCGAAAAGGGCGCCAUGUGGUUCCACGUUCCGACCAGCGCCAUGGCGAUGGCGCUCUGGGUGGGAGCAGCGGGCGAGAUCUUUUCUUUGCCGGCCUUGCAGUAUGAGUACGAUGCUUUAGAGCCUUAUAUCGAUGAGCAGACCAUGCGAAUCCAUCACGGGAAGCACCAUGCAACCUACGUGGCUGGACUGAAUGCAGAGCUUCAAGGAAAGAAGGUUUCAGGUGAUAUGGUUGCGCUGGCGGAACUGCAGCGCACGGCGCCGGCGACAUCUCCGGCGACGCGAAACCAUGGAGGUGGUCACUACAACCAUGCACUCUUUUGGGUGAACCUGGCCUCUGCCAGCGGGUCCUCGGAACCGUCGCCCGAGCUGGGCGCCGCCAUCGAGGAUCGCUUCGGUGGACUCGACGGUCUCAAGGAGGCCUUCAAUAAGAUAGCUUUGAGCCGCUUCGGCAGCGGAUGGGCGUGGCUUGGAGUGGCGCCGGAUGGACAGUUGAAGGUGACCUCCACCGCCAACCAGGACAAUCCAUUGAUGGAAGGUUUAGAGUACAAGGUCGAGAAGAUGAUCCCCAUCCUAGGCCUUGACGUGUGGGAGCAUGCCUACUACCUGAAGUAUCAGAACCGACGAGCCGACUAUGUCAAUGCAUUCUGGAACAUCAUCAACUGGAAGAAGGUCAGCCGGAACUACGAGGAGUAUGCCAAGAAAGGGAAGCCAGUGCCACCGACACCCACUGGCAGUGGUCACGCUGUGGAGCUUUGAGUGAUGGGUGACGGAAGCAUGUCGGAAGCGUGUGGUAUGGUCGCAGAAGACCGGGUCGUACCGUCAAGGCAUUGACAUGUUGAG